AUGACUCAAUCUCACUCACAGAGUUUUCUCCCCCAGACGUGUCAUCCAUUGAAAAUUGCCAAAUUCGUUACUACUUCUAAUCGGAAGGAAUGGAAAGUUUAUGAAAAUCGUUGGGAAGCGUUACAAUAUGAAGAGAAGAAUAACAAUUCCGAAUCGGAAGAAUGGAUAUCCAUACUUUCAAAAAUCAUUCCAUCGGAACAGUAUCUAUUUCAUCAUCAUCAGGAUCAUGUGGGUUCUUCUUCUUCUCAAGAAGAUCAUUCUUUGGGUUUAAAAAUUGGAACGUUUAACGUCAUGUUUAAUUUAGUACCGUUUUUUAUCAAACCUAUCAUUCGGUCGAGACAACGUUUCGCACACACUGUUCAAUUAUUGAAACAAGAAAAUUUUGAUAUUUUGGUGUUGAAUGAAGUGACUGGAGAUUUUUUGAAAGUGUUGCAACAAGAUGAAUUUUUCAAAACUAAUUACUAUUUUAGUGAUAUUUUUCAAGUUGAAAAUGAUCAACAAUUUCAGAACAAGUUGAAAACGAGUGAUACUUUGAAUGAAUCAUUGGGAAGAAAGAUGGGAAAUUUAAUUCUCUCGAAAUAUGCUCCUGAUUACAUGUAUAUGGAAUUGAAAAUCCAUGAAAGUCGUCCCGUCAUUUAUGCCUUCUUUUCACAUGCUCCCAAAACGCAUCCAUCCAAUAGUACUUCAAGUAUCAAUCUGUCUCCAACUUCACAAUUGUGUGUGAUUGGAGUGCACACAACUGCCACGACAGAAUUUGCACAAAAACGACGACAUGAAUUAUUGGCCAUUGCUUCUCAUCCAUUGCUACAAAGAGCUAUUCACAAUGAUGACCAAGUUUCCAAUCAUGAUUCCAAGAAUAGCUCUAAAUUGGAUGUUAUUUUAAUGGGCGAUUUAAAUUUACAUGAUGAAAAGGAAGAUGUUGUCAUUUCUGACAUGAAUUUUAUUGAUGCUUGGAGUGAAACACGUACUUCGAAAGGUUACACAUUUGAUUCGAGUGUGAAUGAUUUGGUACGAUGGAUGUUUUAUGGAAUGGAAAUUCGAAGAAUGAGAUUGGAUCGUAUUUUAAUACACAGAUCAAGUUUGUGUGUACCGGCUUGCAAGGUCAAAAUAUUUGCUAAUCGUCCGUUACGGGAGUUGUUACUUAAUAAUACGGAAAGGAAUGUUCAACCAAAAGCUUUAUUGAAUCAUAAUUACAACAAUAUUCAACAUCACCAGACAAAGUGGAAAGUACCGUUAUGGUGGAAGAUAAUUAGGUUCUGUUUAACCACUUCCACCUUAAUGAAGGUAGACUCUGGGUAUGAUUACUUGUUUGCUUCGGAUCAUUUUGGAUUGAAAAUGAGAAUUGUUCGAUGUGAUCAUGAGCAUGAGGGAAAUGAGUUGAAACGACAAGUAUUGGCAAGCCAAAACAAUUAUUGUGAUUUUGAUGAAACCAGUGGAGUGGAUGAAAAUGAUCAUGACGGAAUGGAGAAUGGAGCGCCUUUUUCAAAUCAUCGGUCUCGAGUGGUUGUGGCAAGCCUCAUCCUUUUGGGGUUGGCCUUGUUGCUUGUGAAAUGUAUCUUGUAA